AUGCACAGCGAAUCUACGACUCACGUAGCCAUGAUGCGGCCUCCCUGCAGUGCCAAUCUCACGAGCAGCUGCUGCUUGCGCAUCAUCUACUUCGUCACUACUGCCAUCUUCAUCCUGUCGGCCACCUUCAUUAACAUGAUUACGUGUGGCAGCACCGGAGACGAACGGAUCAUCCAGGCUUCAAAUCGAACUAACAUCAGCUUCACCACAUCCUUCCUAAAUGAGGCACCUUACAACUGUGGGCUCACAGAGUUCCAGCCAGUUUCUGGUAUGCUGGCACUCACCGCCCUUUCCAUGUUCCUGAGGAUCAAUUUCCUGCUGAAGCUGGUCGCCAUGAUCGGCGGCCUCACCUCCUUCGCUGCGGCACUCGUCCUCAUCCGGCCAGAUCUCUACGGAGGACCGCUGGAGCGGGAGUCGGGCCUCGUCAACGUUCCAAGUUCCACAUAUUCGGUGGUGUUUCUCAUAUUCUACGUGGUCCUGUUUCACAUACUGGACAGACAGGCCGAGUACAGCUCUCGGGUGGACUUCCUCUCCAGGGCCAAGCUCCGUGUGGAGCAGGACGAAAUGGAAACAAUGGGAAGCAUCAACAAAAUCCUCCUGGAAAACAUCUUGCCAGCUCACGUUGCGGCACAUUUUCUUAACAACCGCAGGCUUUCCGAGCAACUUUAUCACGAGCGUUACGGCAACGUGGCGGUCAUGUUUGCGUCCAUUCCCAACUACAUCGAAUUCUACGACGAGACAGAUGUCAACAAGCAAGGUCUCGAAUGCUUACGGCUUCUAAAUGAAAUCAUAUGCGAUUUCGACAAGCUGCUGCUCAAGCCCAAGUUCAGUAUCAUAGAAAAAAUCAAGACAAUCGGCAGCACGUACAUGGCUGCUGCGGGAUUGCAGCCUGGGAGGGAGGAAAAUGGGGAUAAACCAAGAGAUGACCACAACGUGGUCAGCUUGGUCGAGUUCGCCAUUGCACUCACGGCACUGCUUGAACAAAUCAACAGGGAGUCAUUCCAAAGGUUCAAGCUGCGAAUAGGAAUCAACCACGGCCCUGUCAUCGCCGGUGUGGUGGGAGCGCAGAAGCCUCAGUACGACAUCUGGGGCAAUACGGUGAACGUGGCAAGCCGAAUGGACAGCUGCGGUGUCAUCGGGAGGAUACAGGUCACAGAAGACACCGCCAGGAAACUGGAAGAAUGUGGCUAUCAGUGUGAAUGUCGGGGUUCUAUAUACGUCAAGGGCAAAGGGACUUUGACUACGUACUUUGUCAAGACGCAACAUGACUAUAAAAUGGACUGCUGAACCAAGAAUCUCUCCCACAUAAAUCACACACCAUCAAGUGCUCCGCUUCUAAGAGGAAAAGAGGCAUUCAUACAACAUCCUAGAACUACUCUUUUGCGGAAUUCUGCGUCGCGAGUCAGGGGUAGUACAUUCAGCAUGUAUAUCGACUCAUCCUGUCACAACCAGCAAGCACCGAAAAAGACCAAGUUGACAAUUCUUAAUUGCCGAUAGCACCCUUUGUGAAAAUAUUUAGAAAAUAGUUCCGCAAACAGAUCCACUACUAAAUUAACAACAAAUUACUCUGUUCUGAACAGUGAGUACGAACGGAAAAAAUAAUCGUGUAUUUUUUUUCCUUCGGACACAAAAAGUUCCUGCUCGACCGGUCUCCUAGAUUUGUGUCUUACAGAAACAAUAAAUCCACGUUGCCUGACGAGAAA